AUGACUUACUGUCAAUCUUCAACGAAGGUUUUCGGAGUAAAGGACAAGAAACGCUGGAGACAAAGCGCCAAGUUGCUGGUUUCUAGUCUAGCCCGCAUCGAAAGCAGGCUUCCAGCCAACAUGGUGUAUCCUUUUCGCAGGGCUGGAGAAAAGCUGAAGACUGUUGCAAAGAUGGAUACGUGGGUGCGAGGUCAAUCCGAAGAGCGGAGCACAGCGACGAAACGUUCGACCCGGUGCUAUCUCCUUGAACUGCCCACAGAGCUGCUGCUAGAGAUCAUCUCGCAUCUAUCUGUAAUACCUGAAACAUGCCUGGCUCUGACCUGUAAACGAUUGUUUGCGAUAUCCGGGGCCAUUUUCAGAUCCGUAAGGUUCAGUCAGGAUUUUGCACCUCUAUUCCACCAUUACCGAAACGGACACAACUUUGUCACCACACGAUGGCAACUCAUCAACAUACUAGAGAACAGCAGGUGGUGGGCCUGCUCGAAAUGCUUGAAGCUCCAUCCGCGAGAUGCCUUCUCCUCUCGCGAACUCAGGCGCAAACCGGAGGAGCGUGCAUGUAUGUUGGGUAACUUUGCGGGCAUAGUCGACUUGUGUCCCUGCAAGAAAUUGACAUUUCGGGAUAAGAUGGAUCUCGUUGAACUUUUGAAAGUGCGACAGCGGUCAGUUGCCGCCUUACAGUCUCAGUUCGGCGCCAGCAUUCAACAGCKGUUCUGCUGGCAUUCUUGCUCCAAGGACUACGGCCCUACGCAGUUACACAUUGAGAUCUUCCCGGAGCUGGACGAUCAAGAUCAGUUGAAAAUCAAGACCGAAUACAGAUUGACAACGGAAUCCGGGAAGCUAGGAAAGGAAGAAUACAUAACACCCCGGUUCGGAUGUGCUCAUCGAUCAGUCGAUCUGUGGCUUUCCAGUUGCUCAAGUGUCCUCGGAGGCAACCUUGCCAUGUUGACCAGGACUCAGGCAGGGCAACUUACCACUUCUGGACCGAGAGAUGCCUUGGCGGGACGACAUCAAUGCCAGAUCAGACGUGAAUCAGGUGGUCUGACCGCCCUGGAGUUUCUCCGAACCGAAACGGAAAAGGCGCGUAUCACGAUGAAGGGUAUCUGGUUCGAUAACAUCUUCGUCCUCAAUUCGAAAUCUAUCAUCCUGGAUAGCAGAGCGUUGCGAUUCCAUGACAGUUAUCUGUGUUCGGGGGCGAUGAACUACCCACCAUCUCAUAACGGUCAAUAUCCUCCGCAGUAUUUGCAACAACCACAGCAGCUACUGUAUAGCAAUGCCGACUCAAACGCUUCGCCAUAUGAGUAUGGCAAGCCUGUCGCUUACCCUCAGACUAUAAUUUCGCCGUAUUCGUCCUACGGACAAGCAUAUAAUAUAGAGCAGCAUCAACACCAACCGCAAUCGCACCACCAACAGCAACAGCAGCAGCAGCAGCAGCAGCAGCAGCAGCAGCCGCAACAGCAAUAUGUGAACCCCUCUGACGUGUUCCAGCAACCGCUUAUUCCUCCUGCCUCGUCAUCUCAUCUUGCCCAUGGCUCAACCCAAUAUGGUGCCCAACCCAUGGUUUCUGUUGCAGGCAACAGCAACCGUCCCCCAGCCGUCGCAACCGCCUCAACAUCCGCGCAAUCAACACAAUCGGCAUAUCAAACAGCCCCAAGUCCAAAUCUGGGGAAUAAUGUCUUCAACCAGUACCCCCAGGUUGCUCUUCCAGCGCAUUCGGUUCCAAGUUCGAAUUCAGUAGCUGCCGCUCCUCCUGUGCCAUCUCCGAAACCCCCUCCUCUUCCGUCGUCAUCGAAACCUGCGACUCCUGUUCCACCCUCGAGAGCAGCUCCUCCCGUCCCAUCAGCAUCGAAACCCACGCCUCCUGUACAGUCUAAGAAACCUCUUCCUCAAGUCCUGGUCCCGGCUCCUUCACCGGAAGUCCAACAGAAAAUGCAGCGCCAGGGCCCUAAAAAGCAAGUUCAACGACAGAACGCUCAGCAACCCGUGCAGAAGCCGACCAAGCCCCCUAUAGAUUAUCAAGUUCUCUUGUUGAGCUUGGCAGAUGAGUAUUUAAAGGCAGCUUAUGGUCACGGAACCAUGGUCGCUUUAUCAAGGCGCGAGAUGGAAAUUGAGGAAUAUUACAAGCUCGUUGCAACUGGUCUUGGUUGCCUGGAGGCAGUAUUAAAGAAUUGGAGGCUACAGCCGCGAAUGGAAGCUCUUGUAAGGUUGCGGUAUGCGCGCAUACUGUUUGAGGAGACGGAGAAUGAUCUUGAGGCGGAAACAGCCCUGAGCAAAGGGAAUCGCAUGUUAGAUCUCAAAUACAGUAUGCAGCAUCUUCUGGCGCGGAUGCUACACAAGACCAACCCGAAAGCCUCAUUGAAGGCUGUCGAUGGUAUGAUACUGGAUGUUGAAGCAUAUCGCCAUUCAGCUUGGGAGUAUGCUUUUCGCUUUCUUCGGGUGUCACUUUCGUUAUCAACAUCGGCACAUCAGGAUUCCGUCUCUGCGCUGCAACAUUUACAUAAGAUUUCGAAUAUGGCUAACCGACAAGGUGAUAAAGCUGUUGCGGCCAUUUCGGCCGUGAUUGAAGCACUUGCUCAUUUGCAACAUGGAACGAGCUCCGAUGCAAUCGAACAGGCUCAGCGUGCGGUUGCAGUAGCAAGAAGCCAUCAACUCAACGAUGAGCUCCGUCAUAUACCGCAGCUCUCGACUCUGGUGCAAAUGGUUGAUAUUUGUUGCAGUCUCCUUGAAUACGACGUCAACCAGUCAUCUCAGAAAUUGAAGGUCAUGCAAGAUUUGAUGGAUGAAAGGUUGAAUGAUCCGAAUUGGCGCGCUGAUGGCUCUUUCUCAAUUCCCUUGAGCGGAAAAUCAGCUGGACCUUCCUCCAUUGAUACGGGCGAUAUCCUUCAGGUCCAAAAUGGGACGCUCCUAUUGAGUUUCAAUUGGCUUCCCCAGCACGAUCUCUAUGCGCUUUGCUAUUUCCUUAGCUCGAUCACACUCAGCGCAAAGAACUCUUAUGAUGGUCGUAAGGCUGAGAAAUUUCUCCAGGAAGGGAUACGAAUGGUUAAAGGGAGCUUCAAAGCGCCACAAGAAAUUUCAGAGUCAAUGGUCAGUGCGAAUAGACGCGUUGAUUGGCGACGGAUCUUGUAUUGCAAUCUUCUUCUGCAUCAAGUUUUUCUUGCCUGUGGUCGUACAGAUUGGGAUCUGGCGAAUCAGACACUAAAGGAGCUGCGMCCCAUUGCAGAGGAACUCGGGGAUCAGCUCCCUGACACCAUUCAGUGCUUGAUGGAGUAUGCAACGGGGGCACUUGCGCAGGCGACUGGUGAUCUGCAGGCUGCUCUUUCCAUCUUCCAGUCCCCUCUUCUCUCACUAUCGUCAAUCACCAGCAAGACAGCACGAAAUGAUCCUCGUCGCGACAUCGCUAUCCUUGCCGCCUUAAAUUCGAUUCUCAUACUCCGUGACCCCAAUCAUCCGUCUCACUCCAAUCUUCCCAGCGCCUUGGCCCUUGUUGAGUCAUUCUGUAAGGGUAGCCCGAACAAGUAUAUCCAGGCGGCUUAUUACCUUGUAUGUGCGACGGUGCAAACAGAGUCAACCAUUCAGACCAAGCAGUAUCUUCAGCAGGCUCUUCAAUCCGCCACGGCAAUAAGCAACAGUCAAAUCACCUGCAUGACCUUGACGUUCAUGAGCUGGAAGUAUUUUCGCGGCGUGGUUGGGGAGCAAGCUGAAAAGAGCGCUCGCGCAGGCCGGGCAAUGGCAAAGAAGGCCAAUGAUCGACUUUGGGUCAGCGUCACUGAUGAAAUGCUGGCAGAGACCUUGGAAAGGCAAGGGAAAAGUGAAGAGGCAGAGGGAGUCCGCGACGAGGGCCACCGCGUGAUGACCGGAUUGCCGCCAGCGCUGAAACGGCCUGUGUGA